AUGGAAAAUCGUUGCAAAGCAAGAGCGACUUGCGAUGACAAUCACUCCAAACAUUAUUGUAGAAUAUGCAGUAAUAGAGAUUCUGAUCAUUCUGCUAGAGAUUGUCCUUCUGGAAUCACUCUAUAUCACGGCCCAGGUAUUUAUUUUGCAAAUGGCAAGAUUGCAGAAUAAGUUUCUAAAUAUAGAGGUAAUGGAACUGGUAUAGCUAUUUUUAAAUGCAGGGUUAACGAAGCGUAUUGCAUACAAGGCAUUCAUCCAAAAUGGAUUGGUGUGACUGCAGAUACAUUUGAUGAAUGGUGUCUAUUAGAUCAUAGAAAAUAUAGAAUAAUUGGUAUCGCUCUAAUGGAUGGCGUUAUUGAAGGGAAUAUUAAUUUACCAAGAGAAGAAAUUAUUAUUAGUGGGACUUGCGAGAUAAAAGGAAAAGUAACUGCUAGAAGAAUUUCAGUGGGAAAAGCUUUGUUUUGA